AUGACACCCAGCUCGAAUCUGUCGCUGGCCACCAAUCUGCGCAACGCGUCCGUGCUCUUCUCCGAUCUGUGUCUGUACCAAUCGGCCAAAUGGUGCAUAGAAGCAUUGGACGGGCUGCAGCUUGAUCCACAGAACCCAGACUCUCUGGCACAGGCCCGUAUGGACUUCUACAGCCAGCUAGGCACCGAGACAGACAAGUAUCUGCUAGGAAAAAUGUACUUUGACACCAAGGAAUACGACCGGUGUGCCUACCACCUCAAGGACUGCAAGGGAAGCAUCCCCAACUUUCUGCGUCUGUACGCCCAGUACAUGGCCGGCGAAAAACGACGUGAAGAGGAGGGACAGGGCGUGCUGGCCAGCACUGACGGCGUGACUACCAACAACCAGCUCGUCAGCAUCAUCCAGGAGUGCACAAAGCUGCUGGCUCGAUUCCCACAGGACCCCUACCUUCUGUACCUUUACGGAGUGGUCAUGUCGAAGCAAAAUAACUACAAAGAGGCGAUCGAGGUGCUGGUUCGGUCCCUGGUGAUCCAACCAUACAACUGGAGCUGCUGGAUGGAGAUUCUCACUUGCAUGUCGCAUAUCGACGGACUAGACAGCAUUGUCAAACGACUGCCCAAACAGCUGGUCACCACAAAGAUGUUCAUUGUCGUGUGUCACCAGGUUUUCUGUCAGCCGCUUGAUCUUGUCCAAAAUUUCAUUGAGGAGCUGGAAACCAUCUUCCCGCAAUUCCACUACCUGACGAUCCAAAAGGCGCUGCUCAAUUACCACAACCUUGGAUACGCAGAAGCCGAACAGAUUUUCGACCAUGUCAUCAACCUGGACCCCCACCGACUCGACGACAUGGAUGCGUACUCUAACAUUCUGUACGUAAUGGAGAAGCGGUCGAAGCUGUCGUUUUUGGCCCAGUUAGCAUCCUGUACUGACAAGUUCAGACCAGAAACAUGCUGCAUCAUCGCCAACUACUACUCGCUGCGAACCGACCACGAAAAGGCAAUCACCUACUACCGACGGGCAUUGACGCUCAACCGAAACUGUCUCUCUGCGUGGACUCUGAUGGGCCAUGAGUUUGUGGAGCUCAAAAACUCACAUGCGGCUAUCGAGUCGUACAGACGGGCUGUGGACACGAAUCAGAACGAUUACCGUGCAUGGUAUGGUCUGGGACAGGCCUAUGAGGUGCUGGAUAUGCAUUAUUACUCGCUGUACUACUACCAGCGAGCCACAGCUCUCAAGCCUAUGGAUCCUCGAAUGUGGCAGGCUCUGAGUAACUGUUUUGAGAAGCUCAAACGAUACGAUGAGGCUAUCAAGGGCUACAAGCGGUCCCUGGCGGUUCAGGACAAUGAUCCCACCGUAUUCUAUCGUAUCGCUGCUCUUUACGAAAAGACUGGCGAUCAGCGCAUGGCUUCCAAGUACAUGGAGGCGUGUCUGGGCACGGAGUUGGCUGAAGGAGUGACUGACGAGACUGCAAAGGCGCGAAUCUGGCUGGCUCGAUACGAGUUCGAUCAGGGAAACUUCUCUAGCGCGUUACGGUACGCCAUGGAGUACACUCAUGGAAGUCCACAGGAUUUGGAGGAGGCCAGAGCGAUAGUCAAGACUAUUCAGGAGCGGGAGGCAGCGUGA